AAUUUAAUGAUUGUUUUCAAUGUGAAAAAGCGUGUUGGAAGUUGGUGUUGUUUAAUCGUCUUAGGCCCUAGGCUUGUCUUAAACUCAGCCUAGACUGUCUAGAUCUAGAUAUAGAUCUAGUGUUGUCAUCCACCCAGCUAAAGGUGUUACCGUGUACUGGAGCUGUCAAAGAUAAAAACGAGAUGUGUUGAUCUUGAGCUGCCUUAAUUCAAUGGGAAUGACUGCUCAUUGAUAGAUUUCAUGAUGAUAUAUGAUAAUAUUGAGUUUUGAAUUAAGUAAAUAAAUGUUAGCUGGAAUCAGGAAAAAUGAAGUCUUCAAGCAACAAAAAAUUUGUUGACAAGCAGAUGUCCCUGACAAAUAACAACUUAAAACAUAACUUUAAAAAAGACAAGCUCCAAACCACCAAAGUUACAAAGUUUGCCGCAGAUGCUCAUGCCAGUGAAGUGAAAGUGAAUGGGGUGAAGGUGGGUUUUGACAAGGCUGUUUCACAGAAAAGAGAACCACAGAGUACAUCUCAGUCAGGAGUAGAACUUACAAAUAAAUCUGACACCUCACAAAGGCAACAAGCGGAGACAAAACAAGCAAUCCCUAGUGGAACUGAAAUGGCUGAAAAACAAACGGAGCAGGCUACCUCCAAGAAAAAGAAAAAGGGAUCGAGAAGAAAGGCAAAACCAGAUGGUAACUCCAACUGGAUGAAUCUCUGUUCGACUCUCCAUAUAGAUGCGAAGAGGAAAACAAAAGCAGUGAAACGACCAGCAGAUCCUGAGGCUCCUCAGACUGAAGCCAAAAAAGCCAAAGAUGAAAUCUGGUUCGAUAAUGUAGAUGAAAUAUUCAUUGAAGCAGCAACUGACAAGAUCAGUAGUGCAGAUGCCGAAGAAGUCAAAUCGUCAAAACCUAAAGUGCCAAUGUCUUCUGGAACAGAAACUGAAGCUAAACUUGUUAAACCAGACUCUUUUCCGGGGCUGACCAGUUGUGUGGCCAUGGAUUGUGAGAUGGUUGGAAUCGGCCCUGAAGGCGAUGAGAGCAUGCUGGCACGGGUGUCCAUCGUCAACCAUUUUGGUGUUUGUCUUUACGACAAGUUUGUGCUCCCGCGGGAGCAGGUCACGGACUACCGCACUUUUGUCAGCGGCAUUACAAAGGAAAAUUUAGCAACUGGUGAAGAGUUUAGCAAAGUCCAAAAAGAGGUCAGUGAUAUCCUGAAGGGAAGGACCUUGGUGGGACAUGCUGUUCAUAAUGACCUGCGGGUAUUAUUCCUGACUCAUCCUCACGGUGACACCCGAGACACGAGCCAGUACAAGCCGUUCCGAGAGCUCUUCAAUGGGAGAAUUCCUGCCCUGAAGAAAUUGUCUGACAAACUGCUGGGCGUGUCUGUCCAGGAAGGCCAACACAGUUCUGUUCAAGAUGCUCAAGCUACCAUGAGGCUGUACACAAUGUACCGGCAACGAUGGGAGAAAGAACUGAAGGCCAGGGUGAAUCAAGCGAAGUGGAAAAAGAAAAAAAAGAAAAAGAAACAAACGAUAGGGAAAACUUAAUUGAAUAGUUUAAUAAUAAAUGUUGCAUUUGUUCACCAA